AUGGCUCCGCCACCGUCGCCACCGCCACCGGUGUUCCACGACGCCCCUGUUUUCUCAUCCUACAACCGCAUCCGGCCGCUUCUCGACACGGUCGACCGACUGCGAAAGCUGAAUGUUGUGCAGGAAGGAAUAAAGCUGCCGACGAUCGUGGUGGUUGGAGAUCAAUCAGCUGGAAAAUCUAGUGUCCUCGAGUCCCUCGCCGGCAUAAGCCUCCCCCGUGGCGAGGGCACCUGCACCCGCGUCCCGCUCAUCAUGUGUCUCCGAAACCAACCAAACCCUAACCCCGAACUCUCCCUCGAGUUCCGUGGCCAGACUGUGCCGACCGACGAAGCGAGCGUCACCGACGCCAUCAGCCGCGCCACCGAGAAGAUUGCCGGAGAGGGCUAUGGGGUGUCGAACACCCCUCUGACUCUGGUCGUGAAGAAGAGCAACAUCCCGGACCUCACCAUGGUCGACCUCCCCGGAUUCACCCGGGUUCCCGUCGACGGCCAGCCUGCCGACAUCUACGAGCAGAUCUCAAGUAUCGUCAUGGAUUUCAUCGAGCAGGACGAGAGCAUCAUCCUCAACGUCCUCUCCGCUAGCUUGGACUUGAACUUAUGUGACUCCAUACGCAUGUCCCAGAAGGUGGACCCUACGGGCCAGAGGACCCUGGCCGUUGUGACCAAGGCCGACAAGGACCCCGACGGCCUCUUCAAGAUGGUGACAUCGAACAAAGUCAGCAUCGGCCUUGGCUAUUUCUGCGUGCGGAACAGGGUUGGGGAUGAGACGUAUGAGGAAGCGCUGGAGAAGGAGGCCCAGCUGUUCAAGACGCACCACCUCCUGUCUGGGAUAAACCGAAUCUCAACAAACAUGUUCUGGUGGGCCAGGAGCUUGCUCCACAAAGCCACAUACUCUGAUGAGAGUUGUUUUGAGAAUCUCAAUAAACAGAAUAUGGUAGGCAAUAAGCUUGCUCCAAAAAGCCACAUAUUUGGGCUGAGAGUUGUUUUGAGAAUCUCAACAAACAUAUUCUGGUGGGCCGUGUUCCAAAAAGCCACAUACUUGGGCCUGGUGAUGCUUUCGAAUGUUGAAAGUUAG